AUGGACGCGACGGUCUUCGCCGUGGACCUCGAGCGCGCGAGCUCGCUCGCUGGCAUCUCGUUCGACGAGCUCGUCGACGGGAUGCGUGGCGACCGACACGCGGCGAUGCAUGGUGUCGUGCUUGCGAGCGAUGCGGACUGCGACGCGAACGGCGAGGCCUCGGCGCUGGAGGCGCUCGUGCUCACAUCGGGCAAGACGACGUUCUACGGCGUCCCAUUCGCGCUGCAACAGCUACAGCGACGGACGAUACUGGAGCAUGCGCUUUCGCAGCUGCUCUUGGCAGGUAUCACGCGGGUUGUGCUCGCCGUACCUGCCAACCAGCCCGAAGUCCGCGCGCACUUGGCGCAGUCACCACUCGCCGCGUGUCUGCACCUCGAGUACCUCGAGCUUCCGCAAUCCGUGCUCGAGUCGGUGCCGGAGACGCUUCUGGCGGGUCGACACCUCUUGUCGGGUCCGUUUCUCAUUCACGCGCCCGAUCGCGUCUUUGAUAAGGGCCUUCUCGAGCGCUUUCUUGCGUUCUAUGAGACAACGCGCAGCAUUUGCAUGCUUGCCGAGACGCGUAUGGACUUGGCGCAGCGCAUGCACCCGUCCACCGUGCGUGUUCAAGUGGCCACCGGCAACAACACCAACGUUCGCAUCGGUCGGGACUUGGCGUCUUACAACGGUGUCGAUGCCGGGCUCUACAUCGUCUCGCAAAAGAUCUUCUUCGUGCUCGAGAACCUUCUGCACGGGACCGAUGCACUCUCGCUACCCGAGGCGCUCGCCUUUGGCUUUCGCAGCCUCAAAGUCAUGUCGACGACCGAGAACUGCAAUUGGUUUGGCGUCGACUCGGACGACCAACUGCUGCACGCGGUCGAAUUCAACCUCGCGGCGACGCUCUCGCCGUUUACGUUCCCUGCGGCAUUCUCGCCCCAAAAGCCGCGCAAAAGCGUUCUCCUCUCGGUCGGCAGCUCGCCGUCGUCGCAUGCAUCCGAGACAGCGCGCGACGCCUUCCAAGGAUUCAUCGUUGACGUAGCCACGACGCGCGUCACGGCCACGUCGCCGCUCCUGCCGCGCCUGAGUCUCAAGGUCCACGAGUGCGCACUGCCGACGCACGUCUCAUCGUCCCCACGCAACGAGCUUUCCGUAUCGAUGCCGCUGCCGGAUUCGGCGACAUCGAGUCCUCCAAAGAGCGCGUUCUUGAUUCAGCAGUCGUCAGCAUCGAAUUUUGUGCUGGCCGUGCCCGACGGGCCGAUGCGGCGCCGAUCCCAACUCCCGUCGGAUGUCGUGGACGUCGCGCUCGAAGCGACGACGGGCGACGGCGCAAUCGCCGUGCGGCUCACCGUGCAGAAGCAAGUGCCACUCGUCGGGUACCUCAUCCUCCUCACCGCGCUUCUGAGCGUUUCCGCCCAAGGCGCGGCGCUUCAAACGCUCAGCGGCAUCUCGCCUUUCCUCAAGAUGUUCUGGCGCGCGUUUGGCUCGUCCUGUGUCUUUAGCGCUCUCGCGUUCGUCUCAGUUCUCCGCGACGGCUGGCCGAUGCUGCAGUCGCCCCGUCUCGUUGUGCUGGAGGCGAUGGUAUGCAUCGUCUCGUACUUGACGUACAACGCCACGUUCUUCUAUGCGCUGGACCACACGUCCGUGGGCCACGCCUACAUCUUUAGCAACUGCCACUCGGUGCUCAUCGUCUUUGGCAAGUGCUUUCUCGGACAGCCCGUCGCAGCGCUCGAGUCGUCUGGGGCAUUUCUCGGGGCGCUUGGCGGCGCGCUCACGUCCAUGGACAGCGAAAGCGCGUCGUCGUCCACCUCGCUCUCGACAGUGAUUGAGCCGACGCUGCGAGGCGAUGUGGUCGCGCUCGCUGGUGCUAUCGGUGGCGUCUUUUACCUCGUGAAUGCCAAAGUACUGCGCGAGAAGCUCGGCGUGUGGGUCUUUGUUGCCUUCCUCUUUACAACGGCGUGGCUGCUCAUCUUGCCGCUGCUGUGCGCGCUGGAAGUCGAGUUUCAAGUCUCGACCGACCCGAGGCUUGGCCUCUUUGGGUGGGUCCACCAUCUAGGCACCGAAGUCCUCAUCGUUGUCGUUUGCUCGGGCCUCGGCACCAUGGGCUUUAUCAACGCGAUGCGGUACUUUCCGCCACUCGUCAUCUCGGUCACGAUGCUCCUCGAGCCUAUCGUUGCGACGCUCUUCUCGCUCCUCUCGGGCACGGCCGAUGUGCCGCACGCGCUUACGAUGAUUGGCGGCUUGAUGGUCAUUCUCGGGACGCUGCUCGUCGUCUUUUCGACGCGCAAGUCCACCGAGCACGUCGACGUCACCGCCGCGAUGCUCUCGGCGGCGCCCGAAACGACGCUCCCGCCUCGCGCCGCAAAGCGCCCGUCCUACUAUGGAACCAUGUCCUAAGUUAACUGAUGAGAAGUGUAC